UUCUUUUACAUAAUCUUUUAUUCCAUAUACAGAUAAGCUAUGCUCAAAUGCAGAUAGCUUGAGAGGAAUUUAAAUGUCUCUGUACAGUCAGUAAUAAGCGUGGAAGAUUUCUCUCUGCAAUCUUUAAAUGUACAUUAAUGUGUGAUGCCGAAGGUUCCUUGUCAUCUUGAAUCUUCCAAUGCAUUGUUUGCUCUGUUUAUAUUGGCCGCAAUGGUUUAAAUGCAGAGACUGGAAGAAUAUAAUAGAUAAGGUUUUCUCUUCGGGAGAUGAUAUUUGAGCUGUGAAUGGAGGAUUCCGCAUUGGUUCUGUGAGGGAGUAUUAUUUUGCAUGAAGAGGAGAAUUUUUCUAUGAAGGGCAUGGAGAGAGAAGGGAGAAAUCAACGUCGUGUUGUAAAUAGUGAGAAUGCCCGCAGCAGUUCAAAGUCUUCUGCCAAGAGGCCUGCGGUUGAAAAUGGUGGUAAAGCACCCCCUGUUUCUGCUUUACAGCAAGCUAAGAAACGUGCUGCUCUUGUCAAUUUGACGAAUCAGGGAAAUGUUGCUGCUAAUUCCAAGGCUUCACAAAGCUCCCUGAAAUCCGAGGAUCUGAUUGAAGUGGCAACUUCCAAGGCGAAGACAACUUCUAUCAACUUGAGAAAUGCUAGCAGUCAGCGGCUAAACCCUGUGACAGCCUCUGUUCCCAAGCAACCUGGAUUACCUCAACACGCAAACAAACAGAACUUGUUGAGAAACAAUGAAGCUUGCAGUAGAAAGGUAGCAUUGCAUGCUGUUAGGUCACCAAGUGGGUCAGAUGGAGGAUCAGAAUCUAUGGAUGAAAGUAUGUCAACAAGUGAGUCUUCAGGUCCAGAGGUUGAGUAUUCAAAUAACAGCAGUGCUGCAGCUGUUGCUUCUUUGGAGAGGAGAACCUCACAGAAUUUGCACAUUACAGAACAUUCAAGCUUGAAGCCAAGACAAGGUCAUCUGUUUGAAGAAUAUUCUUCAGCACCCGUGAAAUUUAAUGAGUUGCAGUUUAUUGAUGUUGACACUGAGCACAUGAACCCUCAGAUGUGCACUACAUAUGCUUGUGAUAUAGAUCAGCACCUCCGCAAUGCCGAGACAAAGAAGAGGCCAGCAGCUAACUAUAUGGAAGAGAUUCAGGAGGACAUAAAUGCCAGUAUGAGAGGAAUCCUGAUUGACUGGCUUGUGGAGGUUGCAGAGGAAUACAAACUUGUCCCAGAUACACUGUAUCUGACAGUUACCUACAUUGAUAGGUACCUUUCCAAGAAUGUAGUAAACAGGCAACGGUUGCAAUUGCUUGGUGUCACUUGCAUGCUUGUUGCAUCGAAAUAUGAGGAAAUUUGUGCUCCCCAAGUUGAGGAAUUUUGCUAUAUAACUGACAACACCUAUUUCCGUGACGAGGUACUACAAAUGGAAUCGAAGGUUCUUCAGCAUCUUAAUUUUGAGCUUUCUACCCCGACCAUAAAAUGUUUUCUCAGGCGUUUCGUUCGAGCAGCCCAAGCUUCACUCGAGAUUGCACAGGCACAGUUAUUGCAUCUGGAGUUCCUAGCAAAUUUUCUGGCAGAGUUAACCCUUCCAGAUUACAGUUUUCUUGAAUAUCUGCCUUCUUUGCUUGCUGCAUCUGCUGUUUUCCUUGCAAAAUUUACCCUUGAUCCAAUAAAAAAGCCAUGGACUCCCACUCUCAAACACUAUACUCGAUAUCAGCCAAGGGAGCUGAAGGCUUGUGUGAAAGCACUGCAUGAACUUCAGUGUAACAAAGAGGGUUGUGGUCUACCUGCAAUUCGUGAAAAGUACCGCCAACAUAAGUUUAAGUGUGUGUCAACCAUGGUACCUCCAGCAAUCAUACCGGCUGAGUUUUUCUCCGAUAUUUAACAUCGUUUUAAUCGCAUUUAUACCAUUUAGUUUAAUGAAGAGGACAGGCGAUUUUCACUAGUUUCUCGAAGUUAAUAGAGAUCAGUCAGGCAUAUUUCGUGCCAUUAUUUAUUCACGGUGUAUAUUGAGCAACGAGGGCUAAUAAUGUCAACCUGUUCUAGUGUUCUGAAUGCUUCGUGGUAGAUGCUACAAUCUGUAGCUUUUGUAAGUUCCCUCUAAAUUGUAAUCACUCGUAUUUAUGGAAAGAAAUUUUCAUCUCUUGAUCAGAUCUUUUUAUAUUUUUUAUGGACA